AUGCGUCAGACUCGGGUGGGAUCUGCAAGAGGAAGGGGCGCCUGCAUUUUCCUAGAAUGUUCCCCAUGCUUACUUCAACGUCCGCGUUGCCGUGCCUGCACGUCGAAGUAUCGUGGUGAAUGCAGCGGGUUUGUGUGCUAUUAUUGUACGCCGACAAGAAACUGCGGUAUUAUCGGCUGAGGAAGGAACUGCUCGAGCAAGAAGAGGAGGUGACAAGGCUGCACCAGACGAAGACGAGGCACCUGCUGCUGAAGGAGCGAAUCAAGGAAGUACAAGAGAGGGUGUCACUACUGAAGCUGGUCAUUGACAGUACCAAAGAAGAUAUCUCACAAGUGAAAACCCAGAGUGCUGAGCUGUCCAACACCAAUGCUAUGCGGAGGCAGCAGCUCCCUCUCUUCCAGCAAAGACUGUCGAAGAUGAGGAAGAUUCUUCACCAGUACCAAGAAAAGAUUCGUGACAAGAGAGAACAACUAGCGAUUAGCGAGGCUCAGCUAAAGGGUGUUGUUCGUGGCAAUAUAAGACAGCUAACGCGAUACAUAUUCCCGAUUACAGAAGUCCAGCCAGCUAGAAGCGUUGAUACUGAUCCAGAGCACCUUGACACGGUAUCAGCAAUUGCAGAGGCAUCACAAACUACAUAUGUAAGAGGUCGCUGGGUAUAUACUGAUACUUCCCAUGAGACACAGUAUCGCAUUGUUCACCCGAUGUUACCAGGAUCUGGAGACUACUCUGCCUAUAAUCUUUUGUCUGUGGGUGCAAGUGGAGGUGAGUGUGAGGAGAGUGAUGGAGAAGAGAGAUCUGGAGGCUACAGUAUUUGUGCAGGCCUCACUUAUCUUACACAGCUUGUCAACACUCUUGCAUUUUAUCUGGAUGUUACCUUACCAAAGAAGCUCUGCUACAGUGAAUUCUGCAGAAACGAGCUGGGCGAACAGCAGUUUGCAAGACGUGUUGCAAGACUUAACACAAACAUAAUAUAUCUGUGCUUGUCUCAGAAUGUGCCGGCUAAAUUGUUGCGACCUACACACAGUAUGCCUAACCUGUUAGCCCUUCUUGAUACACAGAUAGCUGAUCUUGGCAGACAAGGAAGCUUUGAGAUUGCAGAGUCCUUGUUGGAGAGCAUGGAGGAUGGCAUGGAGGAUGACAAUGCUGAGGGUUCUGAUUCUGAGGAAGAGGAAGAUACGGACACGCUCUCUGCUGAGUGGGAAACUGUACCCAACCUGCCUUUAUUGGAACCGCCCUUAGUGCCAACCCACCAAACUUUCUCAACAUUUAAUUCUACUGCUGUAUACUCCCAGGCAACAAUGGGUCAUGCAGGGCCUGGUAUGGGUAUGGGUACUGGAGCAGGCGGCAUUGUUUCCUCAGCAGCUGCUUCAGUUAUCUCUCUGUUCCGAGGUUUUGGUGGUGCUCAGAACAAGUGAGCGAAGCUUUAGGCUGAAGUAGCAGUUUUAUAAGACUUGUGGUGGGUAUUCACAAUGAGGUCAUAUGGAUAAGGUAAAUGAGUUGGGCCAAGAGGUUGCUGUGGUGUCAUGGCGUGGACAGGUUGGCAUUACCAAAUCUCUACCUCAUUCAGAUAUGUGAAAGUGUUAUUAAAAAAACAAUCACUUUUACAAGUGAUUUACAAUAAAUGAAGAAAGACAGGCUUUGUGAACAAAGAGAUGCAAGCAAUAAAUUAAUCACAAUUUCUGAAGCCUGGAAAUAUUUCAUUAAUUUUAUAUACAAGAGAAAUACAUGAAAAUGAAAAUUAUUUGUAACUUAUCCACACAAACUACAAACCGGUUACUAAUUUUGUGCUUUAGAAAAUUGAGGAUUUUAAAUACCUUUAUCCAUCUUUGACUUAUUUUUCAGGAAAAAAUAAUACAGAAAUUAUAAUUCAUCUAUAAACAUCAACUGUUCAUUGAUGUUUUAUAUCUUUUCUUCAUGUUGAGUUGUACAGGCAUAAAAGCAGGCAAAAGGUAUUCUCAUUACUCAAAAUUUUUUUCUUGCUGCUUUUUGUUUCAUUAUUAUAGUACUUUUGAGAACUCACUUGCAUUAUUUCCAUCAUUAUCUCAAAGUACAGGAAAGAAACUUUUUUUUAACUCUCCCUAUAGAUUUUCAUACAAUUUUACAUUCACUUUUUCAGUGAAUUAGACAUGUAAGACAAACCUAUUUACAUAAAUCAUCAUAAAACUUUUUAUCUUUCCCAUUAAUGUCUUUCAUUUCCAUAUCUUACACACAAAAAAUAUGAUGCAAUAUUAUAACUGGCAAUCAGCACAAAUCAUUACUUUUUCUAUGGAAGAAUAGCACUAACCAGAAGACAGGGCAUAUACAUCAAAUAAAGUCUUGAGUCUUGCAUUUGCAUUUAACUAUGAAAUAUAUCAUGUCUAGUUGCUGUUCAUUUCCAUUUUAACAGCUUAUUACAUUCAUCCAGAGGCUUACCAUUGUAGUUGCACCUAAACAAUUUGAAUAUGUAUAGUAUUGUACAUUUAUAAUUUAAUUGGAUAAAGAGGACAAUUAAAACACAACACAUUGGCAUUAGUUACAAUUCUUGCAGAGAGGUUGUCUGUAGGAAAUACAGUUUAUAAUAACACAAAUGAAAGGAUUGGUGAAUAUGAGAGAUCAUCUGCGGUGACUGGUAAAUUCUCCAAAAGGGUCUAGGCCAAUUCUAGAAAAUUACUCUCAAAUUUUUUUUUUGCUCAUUAUAUUUCUCUUUAAAUUGAAGGUGCAUCCUACACACCAGUGUAUCUUUUAUGCUGCAAAAUAUGGCAACUUGAUACAAGUACUCCUGAUACAAGUACUCGCUGACAUUGUUUGACAUAUAUUUAGUCAUGUGUUAUACAGGGAAGGUUACAAUUAUAGUUUUUUCUUAGUGUAUUAGUUCUUUUUCUGAGGAACAUAUCACAUGAUGUGACCUUUAUAUUCUGUUUAUCUGUGAAUUUCAGUAAAUGUUUAAUAAGAGCAAAUCAUAAUUUUAUUACAUAUUAAAUGAUUAUUAAAUAUACUUACAACAAUUUCAGACAGUUUCAAAAUAAUUUUCUGAGGUUUAGUUUUUCUAAAUGAGCAAUUAUCAUAUUAUGUACAUUUCUCUGUACAAAUGAAAUUGUCCAUUAUCUAUUCAAUAAAGGCAUUCAAUUCCUUUAUUUAAUAGAUACUUCUCAUAUUGUAGCAUAGUUGUUAAGAAAUUUUGAAUGAACUCAACCCCUUGCACAUAAUCUUGCACAGUAUGGAUAGUUGGCCAGUGUGCAUUUUUUCAUGGCAUCAUCAAAUUGUUGACACUGCAAAUUGUGGAGGUCUAUCAGGCAUACAAUAUUUUCUUUAUAACCAUCUCUUAGCAUGUUACUAAUCACAUAGUACAGCUAGACAUCUUAUCAGAUCCCAUUUCAUUUUAAUUAAUUUUUUUUUUAUAUGCAUAUGAAAGCUAGAACACUCCCAUACUCUUCCUAUCUGUACCAAGGUAUGCCUGCUCCUGUUUGUGUGGAGCUUUUUAUAAUGUGCUACUGCUAGCAUUUAAUAACCUCUUAUAGAUUAACCAUGAAAUUCCAAGUAAUGUCAGUCUUCACUAAAUUGAAAUGUAGCCUGGACAAAAAUUUGCAGAUUAGUUUUGGCCUCCAUCUGUCCAUGGAUGAUUUGGUAAAAGAAAAUAUCAGGGAGGCCACUGUAACUAUUUUCCCACACCAUCACAAACACAUACUCAGACCAUUUUUCCUCCCUUUUUAUAUGAUGAUUCUUUUAUCACCAUCUGUAAUCUCACUACAAGAUGUCCCAAACCUGAUCUUACACUGCACUUGGCUUGCAUCUUUUCUAGCCCAACCCAAACUUUUGUUUUCUUUCUUAAACUUCGUCUUUUCAUUUUUGGUAUGUGUUUAACAUUAUAUACAUUAUGGCAAAAGAAAUUAUGCCUUCUUCUUUGACCACCCAGCUCAUGUCAACCCACCAGCAUUGCAUAACUUAUUUCCAGUUUGAGAAAUAUGUUUUCUGGUGUUGUAAAUCAUGCCCCAUCCUCUGGCCACCCACUCAAUGUAAAGUACAGUAGAAACUGAGGUGGGAGGAGAAGUAUUUUGCCUUUAUUUUUCCAGACUUGUGGGAGUCUAUUUGGGCUAACCAAGUGAGGUAUGAGGAUCAGGAAUACACAGAAUAGUACUUCUGAAACUACAACGGAAAAAUUUGCCCUUGGGGAAUGGUGAAAAGGCGUUGGCUGGGGUAUUAUUGUCUACAGUAUUUCAGUCUUUAGGGGGUGAUUAGUAAAAGCUACAGACACGAUUUGUGACUAUUGAUUUAUUAUUUAGAUGUAGCAGACAUUUUUUUGUUUAAUCAAAUAUUCUGAUUGUAUGAAAACUAUUAAUUUACUUAUUUUCUGAAUAAUGGGAAUGUCUCUGGCUUACCAUAUAUUUAGGUGGUAUACUUUCAGGAGAUUUUUGGCUUUGAGUGUGUUUUUGCAUUGUAUUACAGCUGCAGAUAUAGCACUUUCUUAUUUUUGCAUCAUUAUUCAAACACUUUUUAGAGCCACUUUCUAGAGUUUUCAUCUCCUGGCAGUAACAACUUGUUACUGCUCAGUUUGAUAUACAUGGAAUUUAUUGACAUUUUUCAAAGCUACCUUUCCCUCUACAGAGAUUUACAUAAAAGUUGCACAUUAUUAUAAGUUGAGUAAUACCAGACUUGCAUAUUGCAAUGAACCUUAUGAAGUACCUGAAUAAAUUAUGGCCACAAUGCUGAUUUUAUCAACUUGAAAUAAGUUUUGUUUUGGGUUGCUAUACUUGAUGGAAUUAUUAUAAACUGCAGAUAAAAAAGAACAUAAAAUUAUGUAAGGUCUUUGAUACGAAAGACAAGAAAAUGAUGUAGUCUUAGUAAAUAGAUAAAUAGACACACCCACACACACCACACUACACCACAACACACCACA